GGCCGGGACUCUGGCUGGAGGCGGUUGGGAUGAGGCGGGAGGGCGGCUCUGGGGGCAGAUAGCGUCCCGCGGCGACGCGGCCGAGUGGGGGCCGGGGCCGGGCGGCAGCGCCAUGGCGGCGCAAGGGGACCCGCUGAGCGGCUACCUGCCGCCGCUGCCCUCCGAGACGGGCUCCAACAGCGAGCGCAGCGCCGACUCGCCGCCGCCCGGCUCCGAGGAGGACGCGGCCGCCCCCCGACCCCCGCGCAGCCCCGAGUGGGGCGAGGAGCGAUUCCGGGUGGACAGGAAGAAACUGGAGGCCAUGCUGCAAGCUGCUGCUGAGGGCAAAGGCAAAAGUGGAGAAGACUUUUUUCAGAAGAUUAUGGAAGAAACAAAUACACAGAUUGCUUGGCCAUCGAAGUUGAAGAUUGGAGCAAAGUCAAAGAAAGAUCCACAUAUUAAAGUCUCUGGAAGAAAAGAAAAUGUUAAAGAAGCUAAAGAGAGGAUCAUGUCUGUCUUAGACACAAAAAGUAACAGGGUCACCUUGAAGAUGGAUGUUUCACAUACAGAACAUUCUCAUGUAAUUGGUAAAGGUGGCAAUAACAUUAAAAAAGUAAUGGAAGAAACAGGAUGUCACAUCCACUUUCCAGACUCAAAUAGGAAUAACCAAGCAGAAAAAAGCAAUCAAGUGUCUAUUGCAGGACCACCAGCUGGUGUGGAGUCUGCCAGACUUAGAAUAAGGGAGCUCCUUCCAUUGGUACUGAUGUUUGAAUUACCCAUAGCUGGAAUUCUCCAACCAAUCCCAGAUCCUAAUUCUCCCACAAUUCAGCAUAUAUCACAGACUUACAACAUUUCAGUUUCUUUUAAACAACGUUCUCGAAUGUAUGGUACUACUGUCAUUGUCAGGGGGUCACAGAAUAAUACUAGUGCUGUACAGGAAGGAACAGCAAUGCUUCUGGAACAUCUGGCAGGCAGUUUGGCCUCUGCAAUCCCAGUGAGCACACAGCUGGACAUUGCAGCACAACAUCAUCUCUUUAUGAUGGGUAGAAAUGGCAGUAACAUCAAACAUAUCAUGCAGAGAACUGGUGCUCAGAUCCACUUCCCUGACCCCAGUAACCCACAAAAGAAAUCCACUGUCUACCUCCAGGGCACUAUUGAGUCUGUCUGUCUUGCCAGACAAUAUCUCAUGGGUUGCCUGCCUCUUGUGCUGAUGUUUGAUAUGAAGGAAGAAAUUGAAGUAGAACCCCAGUUUAUCACUCAACUAAUGGAACAGUUGGAUGUCUUCAUAAGCCUUAAACCAAAGCCAAAACAACCAAGCAAGUCUGUGAUUGUAAAAAGUGUGGAACGAAAUGCCUUAAACAUGUAUGAGGGAAGGAAAUGUCUCCUGGGACUUGAAAGUAGUGGCAUCACCAUAGCAGCAAAUCUAUCUACACUUUCAUGCCCUGUUGGCCUCUCCUGUCCUGGUUUGGACAUUUUGUCUUCAGCAGGGCUAGGACUCACUGGACUAGGUCUGUUGGGUCCUACUGCCCUAUCUGUCAAUACCUCCACUACUCCAAACUCCCUCUUGAAUGCCCUUAAUAGUUCUGUUAGUCCUUUACAGAGUCCAAGUUCAGGCACACCUAGCCCUACAUUAUGGGCAGCAUCUCUUGCUAACACAAAUGCCACAGGUUUUUCUGCUAUACCACACCUGAUGAUACCGUCUACUGCCCAAGCCACUUUAACUAGUAUUCUGCUAUCUGGAGUACCUAAUUAUAGCCAGAAUACGCCAUCUCCCCCUCCUGGCUUGACUCCCAUUGAUGUCCAUGUCAGUGGUAUGCAACCAGAAAAGAAAAAAGGCUCAACUUCUUUAAAUGGUCAUGUGAAGACCUCAAAUAUCAGCUAUGCUGCACUAUCUGCCUCAUCACUAGGAGAAAAUGUGUUGAGCACAAACCACAGUGAUCCAGUAAGACCAACAAGUAGUCAUAGCACCUCAGAACAAGUGACUGCCAAAUCAGAUACUACAGAUGGUUGCAAUGAUGCUUUUGUAGAAGUAGGCAUGCCAAGAAGUCCAUCACAUUCAGCCAGUGCCAGUGAUCUGAAGCAGAUGAUGAGUUCUUCAAAACAAUCAUGUGCUAAGAGACAAACUGUAGAGUUAUUGCAAGGCACCAAAAACUCUCACUUACACACUGCAGAGAGAUUGCUGUCUGACACCGAGCUGAGUUCUUCUGAUAGUCCAGUGGCUGAUAAAAAGGCUCCUGGGAGUGAACGAGCAGCAGAAAGGGCCGCAGCUGCACAACAGAAUUGUGAGAGAGCACGUCUUGCUCCACAGCCAUCAUUUGUAAAUAUGCAGGCAUUUGACUAUGAACAGAAGAAGCUAUUAGCAACUAAAGCAAUGUUAAAGAAGCCAGUUGUAACAGAAGUGAGAACUCCAACAAAUACGUGGAGUGGGUUAGGGUUUUCCAAAUCAAUGCCUGCAGAAACUAUUAAGGAAUUAAGAAGAGCUAAUCAUGUACCAUACAAGCCAUCAAUGACAACUACAUAUGAGGGUUCGUCAAUGUCUCUCUCACGUUCUAACAGUCGGGAGCAUUUAGGAAAUGGCAGUGAGUCUGAUAACUGGCGAGAUCAUAACGGUAUUGCUCCCACAACUCAUAAUGAAUUUGUCUCAUCGAUUGGCAGCCCCAAACGAAAACAAAACAAAUCCACUGAACAUUAUCUCAGCAGCAGUAACUACAUGGACUGUAUUUCCUCGCUGACAGGAAACAAUGGUUGUAACUUGAACAGUUUGUUUAAGGGGUCUGACCUGCCUGAACUGUUCAGCAAACUUGGUUUGGGUAAAUACACGGAUGUUUUUCAACAACAGGAGAUUGAUCUUCAGACAUUCCUUACUCUUACGGAUCAAGAUUUGAAAGAGCUAGGAAUUACCACUUUUGGUGCCAGACGAAAAAUGCUGCUUGCAAUCUCUGAAUUAAAUAAAAGCCGAAGAAAAUUGUUUGACCCAUCAAACGUACGUGCCUCUUUCCUGGAAGGUGGAGCUAGCGGAAGACUGCCACGUCAGUAUCACUCGGACAUUGCUAGUAUCAGCGGUCGCUGGUAGCAGUAUGUUUUGUCUCACGGUCAACUGUAAAGAUGGACAUGGCAAUCCUGUGGACAGCUUUUGCUGCACACCCACCCUCUGCACUUUGGGAGUUUGGGUAUCAAGGACCAAAGUAUUUUGUCUGCACAAGUACUGUGCCAAAAAAAGAAAACCCUUGUCUGUCAUCUUUCAGAACACCAAAUGUGGGUUAUGUUUUACUCAUUUAGAAUGGACAGAAUUUGCAAUAAUAAUAAUAUAGGGUUCUUUGUUUAGUAUUUUAUUACCUAUAACUAUAAUGUAUGCACUGAAUUUUUACUUUAUUGAAUGAAGGAAAAAUGAAGAGCUGGAAUGCCAGAGAGCAUAGCUUUUGAUUUUAUCAAGAUGGAUUUUUCUGGUACUGCUUAAAAUAAUUAUUAAGGUCUUUCUGCACUUUAUGUGUUCUGAUUGCUUGUCCUGUGGAAAUUUAUUUUUCUCUCUUUUAUUUCCAUAUAAUAUGUUGUAUUGGCACUCUUCAAAUUUUAAGGUGUUCCUAUAUUAGGUCAAAUCUCACCAUCAGGGUACUAAGAAUCAAUCUGUAUGUAGAUUUUUCCCCCACAGUUGCCUGAAGAAGCAUUCAGAAAUCAAACUACCUGGUAGUAGACCAGUCCUAUUGUGUUCUUAGGAAGCAAUCUAAAACUGUUUGCAACAAAACUAGUUCACUUUAACAAAUGUAAUGAAAGACUAAAAUGGACCUUGCAAUAUUAACCCUUUGCAGUCAUCAUAUGUAACUUCUGCCUAUAAUGCUACAACUGAUUUUAAUGGUUGUCUCAACACAGAGGGCUAUUUUUAGUAUACUGCCACUAGAGGACAUUUAUUUAUAUCAAACUUUUAUAUGUAGAUUCUAUAUGCUAACAGUACAUAACAAAUUAAACUGAGAUCUACUAAAAAUUUCUGGUAGAGAAUGAAAGGCAUUUAUCAAACUGGAGCUGUGCACCAUAAGUUUGAUGAAGCAGACAACUAAUCUAAUUUGGCAAGACCAUACUGUUGCCAUUUAUUAAGUGACAUAUAUUACUUACAUGACUCUGCAUGCAGCAAUUAAGCAACAUAUAUGAAAUAGAUGUUAUAGCAUCUGUUUUGAUUUUAGGUUUGUGAUUGUCAGCUAUGAAGUGCUUAAAACUCUGGGAUUUGAACUAUUUCUGAAAAAUUGGUUUAACAAAAAAAAUAAGUCCAUGUGAUAACUGUCUAGAGCUAACUAUAAUAUUCUUAUACUGUGAAAGUCCAAAAAAUAUGGCAAUAUUGUUGCUGCAUCUUUUCAGAUGUCUGGUUAUGGAUUUAUGAAGGGUUUUCAUAUAAUGAAGGAAAUUAUAACAUGCCUCUCUUUCUGCAAUGCAAUAUGAAGGUUCCAAACAUUAAUUUGUUGAAAAGCAUUCCCAUAGGAAAUAUUGUGAAUUAUCUGUACUGUAAUGUAUUAUUUAUGUUCAGUGUACAAGCCUUUAAAGAUGGACAUGAACCACUGUCAAGUGCUCUUAAGAGAAGGCAUUAGAAUAACCAUUUACAGUAGCUAAUUUUAUACAAAAUGGGGUGAAAAUAGUUUUGACACUUUCCAUGAACAAUUAUUUUAAGGUGAGAGAAGAAAUUCAAUAUAUGGAGACAUUUGCACACACAAAGGGAAUUUUUGAAAGGUAAUUAUUCUGAGGGCAUUGAUGAUCAAGCAGUAAUAAAGUGGCCUGUUGCAAAUAGCAAAAAUUAACUGCUCAGUAUUGGUUUCAGCCAUAUCCACUUAAUGGUGUAUAGCUGAAUAACUUCCACUGUAAAUAAAAUAGCAGUUAACUCUUUCUGUGUUUAAGAUUAUAGUAUAGAUGAACAAGUAUAGACCUGCAGGUUGCAUGCACACAGUUUUUACACACCAAAGUUAUGUGCUCAAAUGCCCAAAGUCUAUGAACAUAUCAGAUAUUGUGUGUAUCUUUUAGGCAUGCUGAAUUUUAUGCAAGCAGUUGUAGUAGCCAAAGGCCUUAAUCCUGCAAAUAUUUACUCUCAUGCUUAGUUUUAAGCAUAUGAGUAGUCCCACUGAGAUAAGGUUACUCAUAUUUAAAAGUAAGCAGUUGUGCAAGUUAUGUUUGCAAGAUCACUGCCAUGGUUUGAAAAUUUAGUAGCAUAGAAACAUUAUAGUUUUACAUGAUAUUUUUAAAUAAACAUUUAGCAACUCUACAUACAAAUUUCUUGCAAUCUUUUCCUAGUUAGUCUGCUUAAUUUUUAAGCUUACCUAAUAUUAAAAUUUAAACAUUUUUUCAGAAAAACUACACAUCUCAUUUUUUUCAGUUUUUUCAUAGGUAUAUUGCAUCUAAACAGUAUUAUUUUUGGCGGCUGACAUUAUUACAGUGUUAAGUUGAUGUGAUCUUUUGCUGAGCAGUGCUUAUAUCAUCCACACCAAAGUAAAAAAGUUCCCAAUAAUAAAAUGAUCUUGAAUAGGUCUGCACAUGCACAAAAAACACACUGGAAACUAUUUUUCUCACUUUUGAUUCCACGAAGGGAAUAUCACAAUACAACAUACAGUGUUGUCAAUGUUGUAUUAUGCACAAAAUAUUUGACUUGCUAGAUUAAAAUAUUAGUUUUAAAUCUGUGCCUUAAUAGUGACCAGUUAUCUGUAAAUCUAGAGCAGAUACAGACUAUUUUUGUGGGUUGUGUCCUUUUAGUGAUUUUUUUUAAAGAAAGAUGAAAUUAAAACAUAAAAAAUGGGGAUUUUUCAAAACUAAUCAAUUGUUACAUGUAAAAAAAUAAAUUUAUAUAACCCCCUUAUAAUCUGAUUGGUAAAAGAUGUUUUAUUUAGACCCUAGCUCUUGAAGCAGUUGCUUCUUAAGAAAACACCAGAGCUGAAUUUUCACAUAUUGCAACAUACGUUUCUUUCCCAUUGACUAAUUUCUGUGUGUUCCACAAUUCACAGUAUUUCAUAAAAAGUGUUUUCCCCUCUGGCUUUUGAUUCUGAAUAGUUGUCAAAAAGUUGCAAUUUUUUUCCUGGGGUGCCUACCAGAGAUUACAAUAAUUCUGGGACAUGGAAUCAAACUAACAACUUUUCCUUAUUUCUUUCCUGUCAGCAUGGAACAUGUACUUGUGAGUGCCAAAUCAUGGCAGUCAUUAACACAAACAAGAAUACACAGGGGUUUGGAAUCAUGGAGAUGUGGAUUUAGCUCUGCAAUUUCAUAGGGCUUUUCAUGCUGCAGAAAUAUGGGUAAUGGAGCAGGAAGAGGGGUUGGAUAAAAUCAAGCAGUUUCUUCUUCAUUAAAUGGAGCAGCUUCUAUCCUUGGCCAAUGAAGAAUUAUUAGUGCCACAGGGUAGUGAUGCAAACAGAGAUGACCAAGAGAAGCUGAACAACAGCUGAUUCCUAGAAACUGUGCCAAGUUCAGUCUAAAACCCCGAGUUUCCCUCAGCAUGGAGAAAUGUUGCCCUUAUCCUCCAGAAGGUUAACAUUCCCAGUUGGAAGCCUAAACAAUUUUGGUGUUGGUAUAUCAACUGUCAGCUGUUUCCCUGAAAGACUGAAGUGCUCUGAUGGAGGUGCUGUCCUGUCAUGUCUCAAACUGUUGCCAGGUGUAGGAGGCCAUUGAUGGCAUUUUAUGGAUGGAGUUUCCAAACUCUUGCACCUAUUCUUUGUUUUUCAGAUGGGGCCAAAGACUUUAUUAACAGGAAGGAGAAUUUCCUCAUGACAUAUAGCAAAGCCUGAUGUAUUACCAUGGAAGAUUCACUGGUAUUAAUGUGAAGUGGCCUGCAAGGUCCAUGAUGCCAGGAUAAUUACAAUCUUAUAGUUGUUGGCUGAAAUGAGCAAAAGAGUAUUUUCUUUCCAAACCAUUGUGUGCAUUAAUGGAACAAGGAAUUUUGAAAGAUUUCUUUCUGAGAUAUCCAAGUCUUGCUUACUGGCUUAGGUAGCUUCUCAUUGAACAUAUGGCCACAAAAAAGGGAUCUUUAGUGACAGUCUCAGUGGAGCGUAUUUUUGGAACACUGAAGCAUAAGUGGCAGCAACCUAUGAAAAGGUUUUUUACCUUGUUUGAUAAAUUCUCUGCACAAUGCCUACACAGCAUCUAGGAGGGAACCUGGCGCAUGAAUUGGAGCAAAAAAGUAGAGACAUUCUGAACAAUUUCUGAGAUGACAGUAGUAGAAGGUUUCUCAGUAAAAUUCCCCAAAUGGAGAGAGAAAAGUUUUGGGGUUGCAUUUUUCUCCUACUUGAAGCCAGGUAAUUGUUGUGAAUCAGUAAAUUCCUGUAGCUAUGUUCUUACGUUAGAAUUUAUUAGGGUUUGAGAGUAUUGGAAGGAAUUUUGUAAUACCGUUUAUGGUUACAGAUGUAAAUCAAUGACAUUUUUCAGUAGAGUUGUACCAAAAUAAACUGAAGUGGCAGGUGAUGGCUCUAAGGUUUAAUGUAAAGGCUUCCUAUUAACAGGCUAUUGAGUUUCAUUGAUUCAUAGAUUCAUACAUUCAUAAAUUGUUAGGGGCUGGAAGGAACCUUGUAGAUCAUCAGGUCCAGUCCCCCUGCACUAGGCAGGAAAAGACAACUGGGGUCAAAUGAGCCCAGCAAGGUGACUGUCCGGUCUCCUUUUGAAGAUUUCCAGGGUAGGUGACUGCACCACAACUGGCGGGAGUUUAUUCCAGUCUGGACACCCUGACUGUGAAGGAGUUUUUCCUGGAAUUGAACCUGAAGCAGCCUUCCAGGAGUUUGUAUCCAUUGCUCCUGGUCUUCCCCAGGGGUGCCCUGGUGAGCAGCUGUUCAGCGAGUUCUUGAUGUACUCUCCUAAUGUAGCAGUAAACUGCUACCAAGUCCCCUCUCAGCCUUCUUUUCUGUAGGCUGAAGAGGCCCAAGCCCCUCAGCCUCUUCUCAUAUGGCUUGUCUUGCAAGUCCCUGAUCAUAUGGGUGGCUCUUCUCUGAACCCUCUCAAGUUUUUCCACGUCCUCAUUGAAGUGCGUUGCCCAAAACUGGACUCAGUACUCCAGCUGUGGUCUCACCACUGCAGAGUACAGUGGGAGUAUCAGUUCCUUAGUUUUGCAUGAGAUGCAAGGGUUAAUGCAUGCCAACGUGUUAUUCACCUUGCUGGCCACAAUAUUGCACUGCCGGUUCAUGUUCAUGCAAUGGUCGAUCACUACCCCUAGGUCCCUUUCGGCUGUGGUGCAAGUCAAAUUGUUGUCACUGAGCCUAUAAGGUAUUUUGGGGAUUGUUUGCCCCCAGAUUGAGCACCUUACACAUCUGAGUGUUGAACUUCAUAUGGUUCCGGUCCACCCAACUCUCCAGACUAUCCACGUCCGCCUGUAUCUGCAACCUAUCUUCUGGCGUGGCCAUGCUCCCCCAUAAUUUGGUGUCUUCCACAACUUGGCCAGUGAGCUUUUCAACCCCACAUCCAAAUCAUUGAUAAAGAUGUUGAAAAGUACUGGUCCAAGCAUGGACCCCUGUGGGAAACCCGUUGUCACAUCUCGCCAGGACAAUACAGAUCCGUUCAUGAGAACUCUCUGGGUCCUACCAUGCAGCCAGUUUUCCACCCACUGAACCGUUGAGCAGUUUAAACCCACAAUCUUCCAAUUUUUCCACAAGGAUAUUAUGGGAUACUAGAACAUUGGAAGUCUAGGUAUAUAAUGUCGACCUUCUCUCCCACGUCCAGGUGGCAAGAGACCUAUUCGUAGAAGGAGAUGAGAUUGGUAAGACAAGACCUACCCGCGAUGAAGCCAUGCUGAUUGUCGUUCAGAAUCUUACACUCAACGAGCAUAUCGCACAUAGAUUCUUUAAUAAGAUUUUCUGUUUUUUUCCUGGGAUGGAGGUUAGGCUGAUUGUCCUAUAGUUGCCCAGGUCCUCCCUCUUCGCCUUCUUGAAGAGGGGCACAAUGUUGGCCCUCUUCCAAUCCUCAGGGAUCUUCCCUGUGUGCCACAAUUUCUGUAAGAGUUUUGCCAGGAGUUCCUCAAUGACCUCAGCCAGCUCGUCAGCACUCUCAGGUGAAGUCCAUCUGGUCCUGAUGACUUAUGUCUAGCUUUUUUAGUUGAUUUUGCACCAGCUCAGCAUCCACAUUGGGAAGGCUAUCAUUCCCACCAUGCCCCCUGUGAUCCUGUCUCACUUGUCUUUCCCCUUGGUCCAGUGAAAUACUGAAGCAAAGUGGGCAUUCAGGAGUUCAUUUUUUUUCCUGAGUGUCCGUUACCAGCUGUCCCGAGGUGUUAAGCAGGGGCCCCAUACUUCCAUUUGUUUUCUUCUGCUCCCUACAUACCUAAAGAAGGACUUAUUGUCCUUGACUCCCUUGGCUAACUUAAACUCAGUUGCUGCCUUAGCUUUCCUAAUCAUUUCCCUACAAGUGCAGACCACUGUUGUAUACUCCUCCUUGAGGACUGUCCCUAGCUUCCACUGUGUGUACACCUCUUUUUCAAGAGGACCCUGAUGUCCCUAUUGUGCCAGGAGGGCUUGCCAGCCCUUCUGCUACCUUUCCUGGGAGCGGCUUUCUUUUGUGCUUCGAGGAUUGUGUCUUUGAGGAACAACCACUCUUCGUACAGCCCAUUCGCCUUCCAUCCUUGGUCCCGCAUCACCUCCCCUGAGCCUGUUAAAGUUAGGACUCCAGAGGUCAGGACUUCACUGAUUCUUUUAACCUUGGCCUAAGAAGUAGGUGAUGUGGUCAGCACCACACUCCAGCCACGCCGCAGGGGACUCCUGGUACCUACUGGAUAGAAGGCUGAGUGGGCCUUAGAGCUGUGGUGGGAGUGAAAACAAUGAAUGGAAGCCCAUUCUUGUUCCCUUGGAUCAACCCCAGGUCCUUUUAGUCCCCACUAUGAAAUGAGCUACGUGCGUCCCAGUAGGUUUGAUGUAGCAAGGGAAAAAUAAUUGUAAAGCUUUGAGUCUUUUGGUACAGAUGUCAAAUUGAGCACACUGUAGGAGGAACUUAAAUGCCAAAUGCACAUAGAGAGGCUCUUAGCUCUGCCCAGCAUGUUGACAGACAGCUAGUACCAAGUUGUCACCAAUGCAGUUAAAUCGGGUUACUGGUAAAGCUCCCUUCUGCAGUAUUUCCAGGCUAGCUGCUGAUGGAAUCCCCUCUCUACAGUGACAUCAGAAUGGUUGUUUGUAUGGGAUUAAGGGACCCUUUGGUAAGUUUUUUGAUGCCAUGCAUCUAAUUUUCUAAUGCAUCACUCUUAAGUUUGGAGAUGGCAUCUUCUGCAAAAAUCUGGUGCAGGCCUCCUAAGCAGAUAAUUCAGGGGUGGGCAAAAUAUGGCCUGUGGGUUGAAUAUGGCUCAACAAGGGAUUUUAUCUGGCCCACAGUGUGUCCUGGCAGUGGGAUGGGCAGAACGGGCUGAGGCUAGGAUCUCAGGAUAGUGACAGCAUUGGGCUAGGACCCAGGGCAGAGCCAUGAUCCACUACCCACAUGUCCCUGCAAUGGGCACCGGUUCUAUGGGUAGAGGCAUGCAGGGAGCGGAUCGUACCUCUGUCCUGAGUCCCGCAUCUACACUGUCACCGCCCCAGGAUUCUGACCCUAGCCCUUGUCCCACCCACCUGUCCCAGUCCUGGACACCACAACCACAGCCCCAUCCCAUCCAUAGAGACCCUGGGAUCACCAGGUGAUGACAGCACAGGGUUGGGCCCUGGGGCAAAGCCACUUAAUGAGUUUUAGUGAGCUGUUGUGGGGUGCUGACCUAGCCCACAACAGCUCACCAAAACUCGUUAUGUGGCCCUCUGGCCCAAAUAAUUGCGCACCCUGAUUGAUAAUGGGAGCAUUACCAAAGGUCCUAUAUUGGUCUUAUGCCUUGUGUCUCCUUUGCUUUGAUUUGAAAGUGGGACAAGCACUGGAAUGCAUUCGUUUUCUCUGAGUGUCUUCUAAUGAUUCUUCUCCAGAAAGAAUUGAGCAUGCAAGUUGUGGGGGGUGGGGAGGAAUAGUCAAGCCCUGGAUCUUUGUAGUGGUUCACACAGAAGCAUGGAAUAGGUGUCCAGGGAUAAUCAUGGCUGCUGUUAUAGUUAUAUGAACUCACUACCAACUGGUAUGAAAAGGCAUACUUCUGGCAGCUCAUUAGCAUUUAAAUGGAAAGGUGACAUCCAGGCACUGAGACGGUUCAAGACGCCCGUUAUUCAAAAAGGUUGAUCCUGAUGUGAAGCAGGCAGCAUGAAAUAUUAGUUGGAGGACUGUGGAAUAGUUAGGAACAUAUCUGUACAAUUUUAAAUUAACUCCACAAUUGUGCUAUCCUCUUCCAACCAGGCUUGUUUACUGGAACCUAACAAUAGCUGCAACUUAAUAGCAGAUUACAUGUGAAUGCAAGACUAUUUAUCUUAAACUUAAUGAGAGGUGCCCUAGCAUAACAUUUUUGUGUAGGCAGUGCCUGGAGAACACAGCUCUUUGCUGAAAAAUGUUAGCUCACAAGGCGUUUCUAAGUACUGUCACAGUUUGGACAAGCAUGCCAUAGCUUGCAGAGUAUGUGACAGCUCUGAACAAGGUUGCCCUUGACUUUUUAAAUGUUUUGUGUUUGAGGUAAAUUCUUAAUAUUGGUUGCUUAAUUUAAGUGUUUGACCUUCAAGAGGAUAAGGUAUCACAACGAUGAUAUUCUGCUAUGUAAUAUUUUGAGUAAAUUACGUUUUAAUAACCUGA